ACCACACUGCAGACACACACACGCCUUCAUUUUAUGUUUUUGAAUAACAGCCUGGUGGCGAGUGUCCGCACAGAAGUGUUAUAUUAACACCGCUAAACUGAAGUGGCGGAAAGAAAGACAUCACAUCAGUCUGUGGAGCAGUUUCAGGUCAAAGCGUUUUCCGACGAUUAUCACGAAAUGGGCUCAGAGCCACCUUCGUCUCCUCAGGUUGUCGAAGAAGGAGCGGAUGAAGAGGAUGAGGAGUUGAGUGGGGCUGAAGAUGCUGACCUGAGGGCUUCCUCUGGGAGGGGGUCCCUCCUGACCAGGAGAGGCAUCACACUAAGAGUCCUCUUAAAAGAUGGCCUUGUGGAGCCUGGAGAUGGCGUUCUGUCCAUACACUACCUGGGUAAAAAGUUUGUUGGAGAUCUUUUGAAUGAUGGGAAGAUCCGUUGGGUGGAGACCGGCCAGAUCUUUAACUCUCCUAGUGCCUGGGCAACACACUGUAAGCGCCUGGUGAACCCGGCCAAGAAAUCUGGCUGUGGCUGGGCCUCGGUGCGGUAUCGUGGACAGAAACUUGUCCAGUACAAAACCACCUGGCUGCACAAAUACCAACCCAGUGCUGACAUGAGCUUAAUAAGUGAAGGAGAGGACGAUGAGAUGGGCGAUGAUGAUGAAGAGGAAGGGAAAACGGCCAUACCAGUAGAGGACAAGAAUAAAAAAUCCAAACCUGAGCUGCACGACAUUAGCCUGAUGCAGAGGAGGGACAGAGAGAGAAUUCCAGUUAGGUAUUGCACUCUUGGCACCAGAGAUGCUACAAGGGAUCCACACACUCUCGUAGAGCUGUCCGCCUUUUCUGCGAUCAACCGCUUCCAGCCUUUUAAUGUAGCCGUUUCCAGCAAUGUUCUGCUGCUGAUGGAUUUCCACUGUCACCUGACCACAAGUGAGGUGGUGGGGUAUUUAGGGGGCCGAUGGGACACUAACACACAAUUGCUUACGGUCUUGCGGGCAUUCCCAUGCCGUACACGUUUGGCUGAUAAAGACGCUGCCCCAGCUGUUGAAGAAGAGAUUUGUCAAAAUCUCUUCAUGCGUGGGCUGUCAUUGGUGGGAUGGUAUCACAGUCACCCCCGAGGCCCCGCCCUUCCGUCUCUACAGGACAUCGAUUCGCAGAUGGAUCACCAGCUCCGCCUACAAGGCAGCAGUAACGGUUUCCAGCCCUGUCUGGGGAUUAUCUGUGGACCCUAUUAUCAUGGCAACCAAGGUGUGGCCUCCACCAUCACGCCAUUCUGGGUAGUUCCCCCUCCUGAGCAACGGCCCAAUGAUUACGGCAUCCCAGUGGCAGUAGAGGUCACAUACGUGCAAGACAACUUCCUCACUACAGAUGUCCUCAAUGAGAUGAUGCUGUUGGUGGAGUUUUAUCGGUCUGCUCCUGACCUGGUGCAGUUCAGUCAGAUGUGGAGUCCUAAUACCUCAAUACUCGAUAAAAUCAAGGCUUCUCUAAGUGGCCACGCACCCAAAGACCAGGCGUACGCACAGAUCCUGGAGCACGUGUACAACCAACUUCGCAACUCUCAGUGACCAGAGCAGUUUAUGUCUGUGCAUUUGUGUUAAGCUGUAGAACUGUUGACCUGGGACCUCCCGCCCUGUGCAUUACCGUCUGUGCACUGUUAUACUGUAUAUGAAAUGCCUUCAUGGAGGAUAUAUCAUAUAUGCUUCCGUCCAAACUGUUGCCUUUAGGACUGUUAGGUCUGUAUCACUGGCUGUGGUUUAUGAGAUUCUGCCAUAUCUGUGCUGUGAAACUUGUCUUCCUGUGUGGUAGGAACGUCUGGUGGGUAGUUAGCAAAGAAAAGACGGGUAAUUGAGUUCUUUCUCUCUCUUUUGACUAGUAUUUAUAUGUUUGUGUGGUUAGAUUUGUGCCAUGUUGACUACGCAAUAUGGGAACAAUGCCUUUUACCUGCUGAAUACCUUAAAAUAUACACUGGAACAAAUUAAA